AAAAAUUCGCUGAGCCCAAAAUGGACGGCUCAUUUCGAUCUCGACUACGAAAUUGGAGUCUUAAAUCGUAUCAACGUCUCCAUUUUUGAUGAAGUUCGCAAAGGGAACAACAAACAGAUGGGUACGGCGAUGUUUGAAGUCGGCGAAGUCCUCGGCGCGCGUGGAAAUACGAAAGCAAAAAAAUUAAAACGUGGGGGUACGAUUUUUGUUCGAAUUACGAAAGCACCGGAACAAGAUGCCGGCGAAUUGCGUUUGCAAUUACGUGGUAUCAAGCUCAAGAACGUUGAUGGAUUCAUGGGAAAGUCGGAUCCUUUCUUUGAACUUUCUGCGAAAGUUGAUUCAGCCGGAGGGCUGACUUGGCAACCUGUUUAUCGAUCGGAGCAUAUAAACAACGACCUUAAUCCGAAAUGGGCGGCAUUGACGGUUGACUUGAAUCGACUGUGCGCAGGGGACUUAGACAGUCCAAUUUUAUUAUCGGUAUGGGACUGGGAAAAGAAUGGCAAACGCCAAUCAAUGGGGAGCUUCGAGACGAGUGUAAAUGGUUUGCUUUCGUCAGUGACGAAUGGUGCAUCGGGUUCCGCUAAAACGGUGGAUCUUGCCAAAGCAUUUGUACCUUCUUUCGUUGACUACUUGACAGGGGGGUGCGAACUGGAAAUGUGCGUCGCAAUCGAUUUCACGGGGAGCAAUGGGGAUCCACGCAAGCCGGGUACUUUGCAUUACAUUCAUCCCGAUGGACAACUGAAUGAUUAUGAAAAAGCCUUGACGGCAAUAGGUUCCAUUGUUGAUCGCUACGAUUCGGAUCACAAAUAUCCAGUCUUAGGUUUCGGAGCCAAAUAUGGCGGUGUUGUUCAACACUGCUUUCAGGUUGGUCCCAGCGCAGAGUUAGAUGGAAUCGGAGGUAUCCUUGAUGCGUACCGACAAGUCUUUAGAACUGGCUUGACCAUGUCAGGUCCUACGGUUUUUGCCGAAGUUCUGAAUUUUGCCGCUGCUUCUGCCCGUAGUCGACAAGACGAAGCUCGGCGAUCAAAUCGGCAAGCAUACAAGGUUCUUUUGAUCUUGACAGAUGGUGCGGUAACAAGCGUCGAAGAGACGAAGCAUGCACUUAAUGCCGCAAGCGAUGCUCCGCUUUCGGUUGUUAUUGUUGGAAUUGGUAAUGCAGACUUUUCGUCGAUGCAGUUCCUGGAUGACUUUCAAUCUAAUGGCGAAAGCGGUCGAGAUAUUUGUCAGUUUGUCGAAUUCUCAAAGUACAAGCAUGACAAAAGCAUGCUAACCCGUGAAACUCUUGAUGAGAUUCCUGCUCAGCUAGUGGGCUAC